AAAGUUGCAUUUCGUUCCGGACUGUUCAAAUUGAAGCAUCCUACAUGGAAGUUUGAUUCAGGAUAUCGGUCAUUAGAAGUUACUAUCGGUGGUGAACAUGUCAGAAAAGAACUCAGUUUUAGCUUCACUAUUUGUCCUAACGUUGAUCCUGGAAGUAUGUUCAGCUACGUGGUCUACCACACCUGGCCCGUACUAUCAGCGGUUUAACGACGGAUCGUACAAUUACGGAUACAGUGCCGGCGGCGGAUUCAGUGCAAGACAGAGUGGAACUGCCGCGAAUGAAGUCAGUGGCCAGUUCUCGCAGCUACUUCCGGACGGGAAACUAGUGAACGUGCGAUACAACGCCGGCGUUGGAGGUUUCCGGCCACAGGUGGGCGGAGGUUUGUCCACCACCGCUAGACCGUACGGCUUUUCCUACAACACCGGAGAUGCAUUCCAUCAAGCUGCGGCAGAUCAGAGUGGUAACGUGCGCGGUAAUUACUGGUAUCGUGAUCCAACGGGUGGACGGCAUGACUUACGAUACAGGGCCGGUCCAGGUAUCGGAUUUGUGCCCACUGGAGGUAGUCUUGCGGUUCCCAAUGGACUUGGCAGACGAUCGCCCUUUGGUGAUCCGUCGGUGAAUGCUUUUGGAGACGAUCGUUACUCGUACGUCGAUCCGGAAGCCAGCGGUGUCGGUGGAAUACAUGAUCCCAACGGUGCCAACAGCAGAUCACCAGCUCCGACGGCGGGUACCAUUCACCACGGUGAUGGACCGGCAACCGGUGAUAGAUCGUACAAUUUUGGCUAUCGUACACCGGACUCCGUCCGGCAGGAGGGUAGCGACGGACGUGGCAACGUGCACGGGUCCUACGCGUUCCGGAAUGGCGGUGGCAACCAUGAUCUGGCUUACGUUGCUGGGCCUGGAAUAGGGUUUCAACCGACUGGAGGCACCCUAGCAAGACCAAACGGUCUAGGUUAUGGAGGAGGUGCAUUUGGGAACGACGGAGGCAGAGUUGGAAGUGGUGUAACUCGCCCAACAUUGGGAUCUUCCGGAGGUAUCAACAAUGCUGGUGCCAUCAACGGACACUCAGGUUUGGGUCACGAUGGAGUUGGACACCACGAUCCAUCCUACAGCGGUGGUGGGUUAGGGAAUGUCGGUGCAUCAGGAGUAGGAACAGCUGGGCCUGGAUCUGGCUUAUCCAGAGCUGGAGGAACUCCAGGUCUAACAGGAACAGGUUUGAGAACAAGAGGAGGAGCGUUUGACGGUGAUGCUGCAUCCGGUCACGGAUCAACUGGUGGUUUCGGACAGGGACUUAAUUCAGUUGGAACCAACGUGGGAGUUGGUUCAGGCGAUCGCACGUUGGCUUCAGGUUUGGCAGGCCGUACGGGAGAUGGUUCUACAGGAACUGGCUUGGGUCAGCGAUCAACAACCGGUGGAGGACAAAUUGGAGUGCAUGGUCAUAACCUAGCAAAUCCUAAUGCAGCGAGAGGCUUUGGAGGUCAGGGUUAUGGUGCCGGAGGUCCAACAGGAGGAUCUUCAGACGGCAUCAAUCGAUCUGGAGCAAAUGGUCAUUACGAUCCGGAUUACUCCCUAAUUGGCAAUGGACGAGGUCAGAACGCAGGUUCAGCGGGAGGCCAUCGAGGUUUGGGAGGAUCAAGACGUGAAGGGAUCGAUUAUGAUGGCGGCAAUGCAAAUGUUGGGAUAGGAUCACGUGGGAAUGGUGCCUACGGAGGUGGCUUCGGAGUUAACGGUCAGAGUGGAGAUCAUCAACGGUUAGGCGCUGGUAGUUCAGGGACCGGUGGCUAUUCCUAUGGAACACCCAGUGGAAGUUCGGCUGGUGGUUCAGGUACUUUCGGAAGUAGUGGCAGUGGAAGCAGUGGUGUCGACGGAGGUGGACAUUCUGCAGGGUUAUCCGUUGAUCGACUCCAAUCUACGGGAUCUGGACUUCAAAGUAGUGGAUCUGGCAGUUCUUCGGGAUCUGGCGGAGCAGUUGUGAGCGGUGAACAAAACGAUUUUCAACGAGGCGCGGAACCAGUACAAAGUAUCCAAACGGUUGGUGGAGGUUCGGCAACCAAAGGAAUUUCCCAGUGAUAAUGUCUAAGUAACUGACCCGGUUAUUGCCACCACCAAAUAUAUUUUAAUAAAUGUAAUUUGCAUCA